AUGAGCAGCACCCUCACCGAGACGACACGGCGGCGCGUUGGCGUCGUGCGCACGCAGCCGUGGGACGACAGCGCUGCUGCGGCCGUCCCCCGCGCCGGUGCCAGCUCGGCAGCGGAGCUUGGCCGCGCGCUUGAGCCUGCUCCAGAGUCGGCGCCGCGCCUGCGCCUCAACCCGCCUGUGCGCGCCGCGCGCCCUGCGCACGACGUGCUCGCCACGCCCGUGUCCGACGCUGCGGUCCACGCGCUCGUCGACGAGAUCGUCGCCCAGCGCAUGGAGGCCGCCGAGGCAGGGCACGACGAGAGCGCCUUCUUCGCGGCCGACCUCGGCGCCGUCUACGACGCGGUGCAGACGUGGCGCCGCUCGCCGAUCGGCGACCGCGUCGAGCUCUUCUACGCCGUCAAGUGCAACCCCAGCCCGAUGGUCCUGCACCUGCUCUCGCUGCUCGGCACGUCGUUUGACUGCGCGUCCGUCGCCGAGUUCAACGCCGUGCUCGCGCUCCCCUCGGCCCCGGCCGCCGACAGGGUCAUCUUUGCCAACCCGUGCAAGCCGGCGUCGUUUAUCCGCGCCGCGGCCAACGCCGGCGUCGACAUGAUGACGUUUGACAAUGCCGACGAGCUGCACAAGAUCAAGCGCGCGCACCCCGGCGCCAAGCUCGUGCUCCGCAUCCUCACCGACGACUCCAAGUCGCUCUGCCGCCUCGGCCUCAAGUUUGGCGCGCCCCUCGACACGUGCGCGUCGCUGCUUGCCCUCGCCAAGUCGCUCGACCUCAACGUCAUCGGCGUGAGCUUCCACGUCGGCUCGGGGUGCAAAGACAAGGCCCAGUUCGCCGACGCCGUCUGGCGCGCCAAGAAGGUGUUUGGCAUGGCCGAGAAGGUCGGCUACGACUUCAAGUUCCUCGACAUUGGCGGCGGCUUCGAGCGCGAGACGUUUGCCGACAUGUCCGAGGUUGUUCGUGAGAGCCUCGACCUCUACUUCCCCGAGGACGAGGGCGUGCGCGUCAUCGCUGAGCCUGGACGCUUCCUCGUCUCGAGCGCGUUCACCCUCGCGACCAGCAUCAUUGCCCGUCGCAAGGCUCUCGACGCCGCGCCCGCUGCCACCCCGGCGCCAGCAGGCGCCGAGGACAGCCCAGAGGUCAUGUACUACAUCAACGACGGCGUGUACGGCUCGUUCAACUGCAUCAUGUUCGACCACCAGAUUGUGCACCCGUACCCUCUGACGAUCGGCAACGCGCCCGCGCCAGCCGCCGCGCGCCCGGCGUUCCCCCCGCCGCCGAACGUGCAGCUGCCGACCGACCUGACCCUGCAGCUGGGGUACGCCGACAACGAGCGCGCGAGCGUGUGGGGCCCGACGUGCGACUCGAUCGACUGCGUCCGCUCGCUCGUCCACCUGCCGCGCGGCGUCGAGGUCGGCGACUGGAUCGGAUGGGGCGAGAUGGGCGCGUACACGCUCUGCGCGGCCUCGACGUUCAACGGCUUUGACCGCUCGCCUGUUCACUGGACCACGGGCGGCGACUCGCCCAACGGACGCGAGGUGCGCCGCGUGCUCGACGCGUUCCACUCCACCCAGUAG